AAGUUUCUAAGCAUUAUAUAUUUCACAAAUUCAUUUUUCUUUAAAUUAAAAAAUUCCCUACAAUUAAAAUUUAUUUUUAAUUAUAAGGAAGACAAUAUUAUUUGUCAGCGUAAUUAACGUCAUCUGUCAUUUAGCAUCCGACUAAGGUGAUAAAUAAUUUUGUUUGAUUCCGACAUAUUGAUAUAAGGGUUUCUCAACUGAUUUAAUUUCUCCCGAGCGCAAUUAGUGCUAAUCUCUAACAAUGGGCGAACGCAAAGGCACAAACAAAUACUAUCCGCCAGACUAUGAUCCAAAAUAUGGGGGCCUCAAUAAGUUUCUGGGAACCCAUGCCCUUCGAGAAAGGGCUCGUAAAAUCGACAAGGGCAUUAUCAUCAUACGUUUCGAGAUGCCCUACAAUAUAUGGUGCGAGGGCUGCAAGAACCACAUCGGAAUGGGAGUAAGAUACAAUGCGGAAAAGACUAAAGUCGGCAUGUACUACACCACUCCGGUUUACGAGUUUAAAAUGAAAUGCCACCUGUGCGAUAAUCAUUUCGUUAUAAGGGCGGAUCCGGCCAACUUGGACUAUGUGAUUCAGUCAGGGGCAAGAAGACAGGAGAACCGUUGGGAUCCUACUCAGAAUGGACAAGUUGUACCUGAAACCAAAGAAACUCAAAAGAGAUUGUUUGAUGAUCAGAUGUACAAGUUGGAGCACGGAACGCAAGAUAAAAAUGUCUCGGAAAGUGUCAAGCCCCAAUUGGUUAAGUUGUUUAAUAGGAACGAAGAUGCUUGGGCAGAUUGCUAUACUGCUAAUCAGAAACUUAGGGCACAAUUUCGAAAACAAAACUGUGAAAUAAAAGCACAAAAGGCAAAGGAUGGACUCUUAUUAAAAAAAUCUAGUCUAGACAUUCCUCUAUUGGAGGAAAAGGAAGAGGAUAAAAAAAUGGCCCAUUUAUUGGCAAUGAAACCAAUAAGAAGUGUAGAGGAGAAUUUAGAAGAAAGAAGGAAAAUGUUAUUAUCUGAAAGUUCCUUGCCCACAAGUAACUUUAGUAGGAAAAAAGAGUCAAAUGCUGUAAAAUAUUUGAAAAGUGAUAGGCUUAGUUUAGGUAUUGUUAAAAAAAUUGUUACAGAAAAGGACAAUGUACCAAAGUCAAGUACAGAAUUGAACACGAAAGACUGUGCCAAAAGAAAAAUAAGUGAUUGUGAUACUACUACAGAAAAUAAAAUAAUCAAAACCUCUCUAGUUGGUGAUUAUGGUUCUAGUGAUAGUGAUUAAGCAUUAAAUAGUUUAAAUUUUUUCAAAAAAGUAUAAACUCCUGGACAAAAUUAUCGCACCACUGAUUAUUUUGUCAAGAAAAUGUAAAUAAAAAUAAAUAUCAGUUAAAACA